GAGUUCAAGCUUUUCCCUUGUGCUUCAUCCCUAUACCCCCAUCCAUCUGUUCAGCUGUGGUAAAAGCAUCGAAUAGGGGUUUGACUCCUUGUGAUUUAAAGUCCUUCUGACAAAGACGAUCGUACUCGAGCCGACUACAUCCACAAUGUCUUCCGAGACUGCUGCUGAACCUACCACUCAAUCUGUCCCUGAGACAGUGAAGGCUGUUGAGCCUACCACUGCCGCUGUUGAAACCAAAACCGCGGAGCUUCAACCGGAGAAAAAAGUCGAACUCGCAACAGACAAACCAACAGAAGCCGUUACUGCUCCCGCCGAAGCUCCUGCUGAACAGACCGCGGCAGCCGCCCCGGUUGCUGAGCAGAAGAAUGAGACCACCGAGAAGAGACAGGAGCCUGAAGUCCCUGCACAGCCCGAGUACUUGACAAAAGUACCUGGCCUCAGCAAGUUCUUUGACAGUCUGCCUGGUAUCCUCGAGAAAACUGGCCACUCAGAAAUGUGGGGAGUACCCUUGAAAGAUUCGAAGGAUAUUCCUACCGUUAACGUCUUGAUCAAAUUCCUCCGUGCUAACGAGGGAAAUAUCAAGCAAGCUGAGGAGCAGCUCACUAAAGCUCUGCAAUGGCGAAAGGAAAUCAACCCUGUUGAACUUGCCAAGAAUGCCAAAUUCAGUGCGAAGAAAUUCGAGGGACUUGGCUAUAUCACAUCUUACCUUGAUCCCACCUAUGGAGAGACCAUCUUUACUUGGAACAUCUAUGGUGGAGCCAAGGAUCUGCCGAACACAUUUGGUGACUUGGACGAAUUCAUUCGCUGGCGUACCGCACUCAUGGAGAGAGGUGUCCAGGAGCUCAAGCUAAACGAAGCAACCGAGGUUAUCGAGUAUGAUGGUGAAGAUCGCUAUCAGAUGCUCCAGGUCCACGACUACAAGGGUGUUUCGUUCCUCCGCCUGGAUCCCGCUGUUAAAGCUGCUUCCAAAAAAACGAUUGAGGUCUUCUCCACUGCCUAUCCAGAACUACUGCGAGAAAAGUUCUUCGUCAACGUCCCUGCCAUCAUGGGAUGGAUGUUCGGGGCCAUGAAGAUCUUCUUGAGCAAGAACACCAUCCGCAAGUUCCACCCCAUCUCCAACGGUGCCAAUCUUGGCAGAGAGUUUGCGUUUGUUGAAGACCUACCUAAGUCGUACGGUGGACAGGGUGCCGAGCUCAAGGACGCUGGCCGCUCAGUUCCACUGAUUGAUGAUAUCCCUGCUGGCGAACCUGCUAAAGCAGCCACUGAAGCAGCCAAAGAGACAGCCACUGAGAAGAAAGUUGAAUCUGGAGCCGUACCUGCACCCGCGCCGACAGCAACCGAAGUCCCCAAAGAAGAAGCUCUCCAGGAAGAGCCUCCUAGGGAGGAAGCACCUAAGGCGGAGCCUUCUAAGCCCGAAGAGCCUUCCGCUGCUGAGCCUGCUGCUGAAGAGUCCAAGUAGAUUCAAAUAUUACAUAUACCCUGUGAUUAAUAUCGAGAUACCCGAUCCCGAGCGUGCUUGGAUUCAUUUCAUUUUUUAUUGUUCCGUGUUACCUGUCCCAGUACUUGUGCGCUCGCUGGAUGGCUGGCUGAGAGUAUAGUUAUGUUUGCCAGCAGAGAUUGAAGUUAUACCCAGUUAGAGCAUACUGACAUGUUUAAUUAGUGUCCAUAUUAUAGGUUUCAAAUAAUAGGGAUUAUUUUUCUACAG